CCGCCACGCUCCCCUCGGCCGGCCUCUGCGCGCGGACGCUCCAUCGCUGGCGCCGCGUGCACCAGUAUCUCCAGCUGAAGUACGCCCUCGAACCUCGCAACGUCCGGUCCUUUACCUUUACCGUGCCGACGCCGUCCUCGACACAGACCCUGAAUCCCGACAUGUCGGAGCCUCUGCCCGCGCAGCAGAGCGCUGACGUCAAGAGCCCCGACUCUGGCAUUUCGCCGCGCACGGUGAUCCAGGGCUCGUCGGCUGCGCCCGACUACUUUCCUCCCCCGAAGGCAGCAGCCCCAGCAGAGGCAGUCCCCACGAGCCUGGCGACAAACGCCGGCACGCAGGAUGCACAGGAUGCACUGGCUCCAGCAGACGCCGCCGGCGACACCGAGACACAAGCCCAAGCACCAGCACCAGCACCAGCACCCGCGCAAAAGCCCGAGCGGCCACGCAUCCAGAUCAAGGGCCAGGACGCGGCGCUGCGACCGGACCUCGCGCUGCAGAGCCCCUCGGGCGCCAGCAUCGACUCGGGCACGACGGUGAGGCCAAGCGAGUCGGACGGGCCGGGCGAGACAGGAGGGCGCGAACGAAAGGCGUCCAUCUCGUCGCUGAGCUUUGCGCCGCUGCACAACCCCGCGCUGCCCCAGGGUACGCACAAGAAGACGGACAAGACGAGGAUCCGCGCGAGCUCGCCGCCGCCCAACCGAUUCCAAUCACAUGUCGCCUUUGACAACCUACCCCUCGGCGAAGCGACUAAGAGCAACACACCGUCUCUGACGCUCAAUGUCCGCCACCGCGGCUACCAGGCCAAGCGCCGCUCGCGCACCUUCAUGGUCGGCGUCGACGAGCACGCCUACUCCGACUAUGCGCUGCAGUGGCUGCUCGACGAGCUGGUCGAUGACGGCGACGAGGUCGUCUGCGUGCGCGUCGUCGACAAAGACAUGCGCAGCAUCGGCGCCUCGUACCAGGACGACGCCCAGGCCAUGAUGGACGCCAUUCUCGAGAAGAACGGCGCCAAUCGCGCCAUCAGCGUUGUGCUCGAAUACGCCUGCGGCAAGCUGCAUUCGACAUUUCAGAAGCUUAUUCAAAUAUACCAGCCCGCCAUGCUCAUCGUCGGCACGCGCGGCCGCUCCCUCGGCGGUCUGCAGGGCCUCGUCAACACGCGAAACUCCUUCUCCAAGUACUGCCUCCAGUACUCGCCGAUCCCCGUCGUCGUGGUGCGGCCGACGGAGAAGCGCGAGAAGAAGAAGAGCAAGCGCCUCAAUGACACGGAGCGGCGCACCUACGUGCGCAUGCUGUCGGCGACGGGCGGCAAGCACGAGGCGGACAGCGAGAAGAGCAGCCUGUACGAGGUCGAGGUCAAGUACUCGGCGGACGAGGAGGCGCACCAGGUGGCCAAGGUGCUCGGGCUGCCGGCGUCGUUUGAUCCCACGGUCAAGCCACUCAACCCGAGCGCGCUGUUGCGCAACCGAUACGCGGAGCCCUCGCCGCUGGGGUCGCAGACGCACACGCCACCGACCGAGGCGGCGGACGGCGUGGGCGGUGCGGGCGGCGUGCCCAAGGCGCCGGCGCCGCCGAGCACGACAGGCGGCCACAGCGACAGCGACAGCGACAGCGACGACGACGAGUUUGAGGUCAUGCCGGGCGAGCAGGCGCUCGAUCUCGACCAGCAGGAGAAGCUGCACGACAUGGAGGUCGGCGAGGCGGCGGCGCUGCUGAAGCAGAACCGCCGACUGAGCGCCGAGUCGGGGAAUGCCGAUGACGACGACGAGGGGCGACACUCGCGGAAGAGCAGUGUCAGCUGA